AUGGAUGAAUGGAUAGCAAGCCGUCAAGGCGGUGCACGUCAAUCCCAGCACAGUACAGAAGUUUGCGUUAUGCACAACAGAGGGUGCGUGAGCGCUAACAAGUUCUGUGUCUAUCGAAGUGUUCGAGAACGCUCUGAGGGAUACUGUCGGUUGCCCCGGCCGCAAUUGCUGCAGCAUUUGGUAUCUGAACCUCUCCAUUCUCGACUGCAAACUUGUGCUGAUACGGGCUGUACCUCCGAUCUGGCCCUCUCAGUCGGUAUUAACUUAACGUUUUUGGGUGGGCGCCUCCGGCCGAGAACCUUUCAAGAUUUCUCCAUGUCCGAUAUCGAAGCUGUUUUUCUCGGCUUUUGCUCAGGAACUGCGUUUUCCUUCCAUCAUCAACUAGUAACUACAGAGGAAAACGGCUAG